AUGGGCGGCUACUACGCCUCUCCUCUCUGCGCAGAAGCUGCAGCUGUCACGCUGUCGUCGCUGUUAAUAUCGAAGUUACGGACCACUGCCGUACGGCGAAGCAUGUCGAGUUUGUCUAGCUUCAUGAGGAAUGGGCAGAGCAGGACUAUGUCACUUGCGGAACAGGAGCGGAAGUGGAACAGCGUCGCUGAGCAUAUGGACCACUUCCAUCAAUACUUCAAGAUGGAAUAUAACGACAUAUAUACGUUAGCUGACGGUUCGUUCAGUAAACGCGGGAUGUCGUUGCAAAUGUAUCUGCGGACGGCUGGUCAACUCGUACAUCACCUGACUCUCCAUCACACAAUCGAGGAAAAGUACCUGUUCCCCGUCCUCGCAAAGCGAAUGCCGGCUUUCGAGGAGAAUGACGUUCAUGUGCGCUCUCAUGAAGCCAUUCAUGAAGGACUCGACAAGCUCGGCGCGCUCAUCCGCAAGUACAGUUCUGAACCAUCCUUGUACAGUCCACAAGAGAUCAUGGCCUGUUUGGACGGGUGGAGAGAAGUGCUUUUCUGCCAUCUAGACGACGAGGUGAAGGAUCUUUCCGCAGAAAGUAUGAAAAAAUAUUGGAAGUUGGAGGAGCUCGAUACGAUACCCAUGUAA